AUGAAAUCUAGUUAUUCUACUACCAAAUAUCUCAAAUCGUCUCCAAUAAAAAAAAAAGGUUCAAAACCUAUUAUAUCUAAAGACUUGCAAAUCAUUAAUAUGAAAUACCAAUUAACUACACAUGGUGGUAAACCUAUAAAUAAGGAGGUUACCAAGACUUCUACUUAUUUAAAUUCAAGUUUAGGACGAACUACCAAGUGUUCUUUGACUAAUGUCUCUAAAGAAGUUAAUGUCCUAGUAACAAAAUUCUCUGGAAAUGAAAGUAGUAAAAAACUUCAGAACGCUUUAGAUUGGACCAAUCCUAACUUAUUUGAUUCACUGUAUGUACCUUACAAAUAUUCAGUUGAGCAAGAUUAUUUGUAUAAUAAUGCUUUUAUUGGAGAUGAUGAUUCUAAUAAUGUCCCAGAUAUCUAUGAGACUGCUUGUAUCUACGAUGGCUUCAAUAGUAAUAAUAGUACUGUGAUAAACAAUAAAGAGGAAGUGAAAAGAAAUCCAAGAAAUAUUAAAGACUCCAAAGAUACAGAUGCCGAUAGUGCCAAACAAAAAUUAAUUGGUAUCUCAAAUCUACAACUAUUAGCUGAAUUUUCCAGCGUCCAGAAAAUAUAUAGUAAGAAGAUUAAUUUUACAGAAACCAAUGUUUUGUUAGAUAACCAUAAAAAUAUUACACUUAAUGAAUUAUUUUACCCGCAAAAGAAUAUAUGCUUUGAACACCUUCUGAAUAUUAAGCUUAUCCCACAAGAUGUUUUAGCAGAACGAGCUAGAAGAACAAAAUACACGUUUGAACCACGACGUGAUCGUUAA